AUGCAAGUACCAGAUGUUGUCAGUAAGACGUUUAUGAAGUUUCCUUUGAAGACGUACGAUCCUGUUAAGUGCGUGGACGAACCCCUGCAGCGGGAAUUGGACAGUAGAUCGUACUAUUUCCCCAGAGGGGGGAAGCAUGAAGAGAAAGUGUUUACAUUGUGUGUAGACGUGCAGGGGCUGGAUCAAUUUAAAAAGUACGUUUGUAGUGAGCCUGUUUCGUUGUUUAUUCAGCUUGCGCUAUGUUAUAAGAAUGAGUUGAAAUUGCCUACCAACAAGGGUUGCGACGGUAAUAGAAUGCUGGUUUUGCGGUCCAGGGGGAAUGAUAGACAAAUGCCUUUUCUGUUGGUUGAUGACAGGAUCAUCCCCAGGGACGUGCUUCUAUCACAAAUUUCGAACAAGAUCUGUGGGUUGGACAAGUACUUUGCCACGUACCUUGACAAAAUCAUGGCAUCGGGGACCCCUGAGAAACUACUACAAGGAUUAUUACUCCAACUAGAAGAUUAUGUAAUGAAUACGACGGAUAUCAACGUCUAUUUGCAAUUGAAGAUCAUCAGUUACAUCUCCUGCAUGCUCCAUUCAGGGGAAACCAGCCGAAAGAUAUUCAUACAAGAUUGUUGUCCUCAUCUAGUGCAACUCAGUGCAACCGUCAUACAACAAUACCUAUGA